ACUUGCUGAAAGCAUUGGCUCAAACCACUCCUCUAGUUCCGACAACAAGUUGCCACAUUGCCAUGCAAAUCCCAACUGAAGCUCGGGGCAUCACGGCGGCUUUGGCAGCCGCACUUUUUACAAACUUGGUGAUGGUGUCGGGCAAGCUGAUGCAAGGGUGGAACUGGCCAUGUUUCUUUCUGGCCGGCUUCGCAUCGCUGUUCAUCGCAUUGGGCUUGGGGAUCCUGAUGUGGUGCCAGAAGUCCUAUCACCUCGAAACACGAGAGGUGAAGUGGGUGCUUUCUCGGGGUCUUUUUGGUGCUUUGAACAAUGUAUUGAACAUUUGUGCCAUUCUUGCUGGCGCACACAUAGGCUCCGUGGCAGCUUUGGGGAGUGUAAACACGGUGGUGGCUGCGUUGCUGGGCCGGCUCGUGCUUGGCGAGCCACUCGGCAAAUGGCAUGUGCUAGCCAUCCUCCUCUUCUUGGUGGGUGCAGUGCUGAUUAGUGAUCCACGAGAGGCUUUGGCCAGCAUGGGGUCAAGUUUGUUGGGAAAUCUGCUGGCUCUCUUGGCUGGAAUUACCCUCGGCUUCGUUUUCAUCAGUGCGCGUAAAGCAGGCCAGGCUUCUUCCACGCUGCUCACUUUCUCUGCAAUGGCACAGCGUGUGGUCGCAUGCUGGGCCACAGCAUUGCUUCUGGGUAAGGCUGACGGAAACAUCGAGUCUUUGGCUGAGUCCCCACCGAAAAGUAUGCUCUUCUUCUUGCUUCUGCUCUUAGUGCUCCUGCUGGCCAACUGGCUAUCGAGUCUUGCGUCCAAACUUUGCCCGGCAGCCUUAACCGCCACUCUACUUACUGGGGGGCAGAUGAUUACUGGCUACCUCCUGGACAUUUUCGCCUUUGGGAAGUUGCCGAAGGUCAUCACCCUCAUUGGGGCAUCUCUCAUGUUUCUUGCAGUGCUCACAAUGACCCUUGCACGCCUCCCACCGAACACAGUAGAGACCGACUCACCUAGUAGUCUGGCGAAUUUCAUGGCGGCAGAGUACGCCGAGCGGAAGAAUGUCAUGGUUGAAGAUCAAGAUCAGGAGAUGCCCUCAGGGCCACGUAAGCGCACGAUCAGCCUGGAUGUUCCUGUAGGUAAGAUAAGGUUGUGAGUGCUGAAUUUUGCUAAGCAUCGACCUAGCUGCCGUGGGACUGACGUGGGACAGGCUGCAGAAUUCAGUGAAGUGCUUCGAGUUUGAUGGGAAAGGGAUCCUGGCUCAGGCUGGUUCCUGGCCUACCAAGAUCAUUGAUGUACAUUGAUGUUUUGCCGCCGGUGGUGAAACCACAUGGCUCCUCUUUGCUGUCCGUCAGAACGGAUGCAGGACCGAAAAGAUUCAAGUUGUUCCUUCGAGGGGUGGUUAGGUGUCUCGAAUAGCUGAAGAUCAACUGGAAUUGUUGUAGGGUGUGCAUUUUUGUGUUCUUGCUGAGCAUGUGUGGAGGUGUCAGGGUUAUUUUAGAGUUCGGCAAUUGACCAACGUCCAUUUGACAAAUGAGCACCAUAAAGCAUUGGAGGCCAAUCAACACCGUGAAGAACGAGCCUUACAGCGAAGGUCCAUUCUGUCCUCGUCCUGGUUGUAUUUUCCGAUGGCCUGAUCCGUCAUGAGAAAUUGAAAAGGCAGCGUGCUGACCUUCGGAACUUUUGGCAAUCGGUGCGGCAUAUCAUAUGACUUCCCCAUCCUCAGCGCCAAACCGGCAAACGCACCACUGAAGUUUGUUCAUGUUGGUUUGGCGCC